UCGUCAGUCGGCCGCCCGUUGCUGCACGUAGCGGCGGUAGAAAAAUGAAAAAUGUCCAUCGUCAGAUUCGCGGAAUUAUCAGUGCCUUUCUUUAAUAAAUUGUCCUUUUCAUUAACAAAACACCACAAUAGACUAUGCUGGAGACAGCGGCGGUAGUCGGCGUACGUCCGGCCGUCAGAGGGCUCUGAAUCUGGCUGAAGCAGAUGGGUUCCUCGGCGGGUGAAAGGCGGAAGACUGCGCAUCAACAGCCUGGACCGAAGAUGCUACACGGCUACAGCCGUUAGCCAACCAACUGUUUGUUCCAGGAUGCAGGACAGCGGGAACCGACCGAGCAGGAUUUAAGAAGAACAGAAGAAACAUUUCGAUUGAUGGCAUCCUACUUUAUGGAGCCACAACAGGACGGCUUGAACUGAGACAGCUUCAAUAUUUGUCUAAAGGCAGCACUCAUUGAACCUCAGGAUGGCGAGCAGGAGGAAAUCCACCACACCCUGCAUGGUUCCUCGAGAACCCCUCGACUCAGAUCAGGUAAUGGAGGACGUGACGGAUACAGCGGAUCCAGAGGACAGCAACGGCGUGGCCAUGGUCUCCAAAGUUUUAGAGGAGCGAGGCGAGGAGGCCAACAGCAGGCCUGAAGGCGGCUCUGACGCCUAUCUAGACCUGAACACAGCCGAGGGAGGUUACGAAUGCAAGUAUUGCAGCUUCCAGACAUCGGAGCUCAACCAGUUCACCAUGCAUGUGGACACAGAGCAUCCCGAUGUCAUCCUGAACACCUCCUACGUCUGCAUGGAGUGUGACUACCACACCAAGAGCUAUGACACGCUGCUGGCCCACAAUGCUCGGCUGCACCCAGGCGAGGACAACUUCACGCGGACGAUGGUGAGACGAAACAACGAGACUAUUUUCCAGCAGACAGUCAAUGACCUCACCUUUGACGGCAGCUUUGUCAAAGUGGAGGACGACGAGGGGGAGGACAUGUCCCGCAAAGGCAUCGCCCUCAGCAAGACGCCCAUCAUGAGGAUCAAGAGCCGGCCGGAGCCCAAGAAGUUCGCCACGCACAAGGUGGCUGUUGACGAUGUCAUUAAAGUGGAGAGCGAUGAUGAGGAUGAUGAGAACAAGGAGCCGCCAACUCUGUCGCCUGCCCCAAUGACCCCAGCCACCACCGUCGCCCCUCGCCUCAUCCCCGUCUCCACGGCGGUGCAGGUCCAGGCUGUCCCUCAGAGCAUAGUGGUCAACAGCCCCAACGUGCUGCAGAUCAAAGGCUCGGGUGGUGGUGCUGUCCUGCCUCCAGGGACGCUGGCCCAGGUUCUGUCGGCACUGCAGACCCAGCAGAACAACAGUCAGACGCAGACGCAGCUCCUCAUCCCCCUCAGCAGCAUCCCCACUUACAACACCGCCAUGGACAACAAUGUCCUGCUGGUCAGCGCCUACAACAGGUUUCCGUAUCCCUCAGUGUCGGAGAUCAUGGGCUUGUCAUCGCAGACCAAGUUCAGCGAGGAGCAGAUCAAAGUCUGGUUUUCUGCUCAGAGGCUCAAACAUGGAGUCAGCUGGACGCCAGAGGAGGUGGAGGAGGCGAGGAGGAAGAAGUUUAAUGGGACCGUGCAGACCGUCCCUCAGACCAUUACCGUCAUCCCUGCCAACAUCGCUGCAGCCACUAACGGCCUGCAGUCCAUCUUCCAGACCUGCCAGAUCGUCGGACAGCCUGGUCUCGUCCUCACUCAGGUGGCCGGUAAUGGCGGUACCGUGCCGGUCGCUUCUCCCAUCACCCUGACAGUCGCAGGCAUCCCCGGCAACCAGCCCAAAGCUGCAGAACCCUCAACGUCCGAAUCAAAGACUGAGAUGUCGGGUGCAUCGGCCAGCACAUCACUCGGUUUGGACGCAUCAACAACCAAACCAAAGAAGUCAAAAGAGCAGCUCGCAGAGCUGAAGGCGAGCUACAGCCGGAGGCAGUUUGCCACCGAGGCUGAGAUAUCACGUCUCAUGCAGGUCACCAAACUCUCCAAACGAGCAAUAAAGAAGUGGUUCAGUGACACACGCUACAACCAGAGGAACUCAAAGGACCACCACAGCCUGCUGCUAAACGAAGCCUCAUCCGGCAGAGCGACAGGAACUGGUGGGGGUCGAGGGGGGAGGAACAGCAGCAGCAGCAGUAUUAUCGACAGCAACAACAGCGACAUCACCGCCGCCACCACCGCCACCACCAUCGUUAUUGACUCCAGCGAUGACGCCAGUGACUCCUCCCCGACUUCCGCUUCGGGUUCAGCCGAGCUCACUAGCGACCCACGUGUCAAAUUCCGCCACGCCUUCCCAGACUUCACGCCACAGAAAUUCAAGGAAAAGACUCCAGAGCAGCUGCUCAUCUUGGAAGCCAGCUUCCAGAAAUCGGACACGCCCUCAGACGAGGAGCUGAGCCGGCUGCGGGCCAAAACGAAGCUGACAAGACGCGAGGUGGAUGCCUGGUUCACUGAAAGGCGGAAAGUGCCCUCAGGAACACAGUUAAGAGACCGCGAUGGGGAAGGUGACAGUGAGAACAUAAAGCCGCUUGACGCUCCUUCGGCUCAGGAGCGACAGACCACCCCACCAAUCUGCAGGAAGGUGAUGAAGAAGACGCCAGAGCAGCUCCACAUCCUGAAGAAGGCCUUUGUCUGCACACAAUGGCCAACAUCGGAGGAGUACGACCAGAUGGCCGAGGAGAGCGGCCUGCCAAGGACGUACAUCGUCAACUGGUUUGGAGACACUCGCUACGCCUGCAAGAACAGCAACCUGAAGUGGUACUACCUCUACCAGAGUGGAAAGGUGGAGGAGGCACUGAACGGCGGAGCAAAGAGCCAGAAGAAGUCCAGGAAGCGUUUUCGUGGUUGGUCUAGAAGGACACGGCGGCCGUAUCCCUGCAAACAUUCACCACAGGGGAGCGCCAGUGCCAUCAAGGUGAAGUCUGGUAAGACAUUUCUGAAGGACUACUACCUCAAGUAUCGAGCCCUGAGCGAGAAAGACCUGGACGAUCUUGUGACAAAGUCAAGCAUGAGCUACGAGCAAGUGAGAGACUGGUUCUCCGAGAUUACCAGGAGGGAGGAGGAGGGCAAAGAGCCCUUCAGCGACGAGGAGGAGGAAGACGAGGAGGUGGCAGCGGAGCACGCGGAGCAUGCAGACAGCGAAGGGGAGAUGGAGGUGAAGGAGCAAGGAGAGGAGGCAUCGGAGGAUGAUAAGGAGGAAGACGAGGAAACGAUUCAGGAGGAAUCUGAGGGGGACAGCCAAUCACAGCCUGACGCAGAGGAGCAGACAUGAGCAGAUAUUUGAUUCCCCCACUGUGGAAAUGACGUGGAAGAUGCUGUGCUUCUCAGUUGGCGACUCAAGACCCAAAGACGCCCGCAAGAAGCUCAGACAGAUAACGUGUCAUCAAACGGCAAGGUUUGUGCUUCGAAAACGAACUUUGGCUUGGGAUGCAGCUGAGAAUCACUGAACUCAAGGAUUUAGUUUGUUCUGCUGAUGAACUGUGGGGACCAAACUUUCCAUACAGGAAAACAAAUGCCUUUUACCAAACACUAUGAGCGUAAGUUCCAGCGCUGCUCCGUGAAACAACAACAAGGCUUUUAUUUUGGUGAGAAUGACUGCGCUUUUUUGUAAUUUUUCUUACAAAAUCAACAUUUGUGUAAAGGAAGAAAAGGCGAGGCCUUCUGUGGUUCCUUGUUAGCAAAAGAACAUUUUUAAGAAUAAUAAAGGAACCAUCAGACAUUUUUCUCAAGGGAACGUCCUCAGCUCAAACCCAACAACGAGAACACGUCGUUGUUCUAAAGGUUUUUAAAAACCACAGAUUUUUGUGAAUAGGCGACUUAGAUUAGUGCCAUUCUGUUUAUAAGUUUCUUUAAAAUGAAAAAAAACAAAAACAAAAAAAUCAGUGCUGGAAUGAAUUCCACAUCAACGUUUUAACUUUUUGUAUUUUUCCAAGUGAUUUGUUCGUUAACAUGUAAUGGAAACUGAAUCCAUUAUACUGUUAUGAUGCUAUUAUGAGUUCUUUUGAAAAUGGUGAUAAUUUCCAUGUUUGCAGGUGUUGGGCUCCAUUCAGUUUCAAUGACAUCAAUUCAGUCUGUGAACCAAAGAGCCUCAAACACUGAAGGAUGGAAUUAAAAUGGGAGAUGUGAUGGGAAUCCAGCAGAGCCAAAUUGUUAAAGGAAAAUCCACAUUAAAACACAGUGUAGAAGGUAUUAUCCUGACACAGUGGACCAAAGUGCAGCAGCAGUAAAUGAAAACUUCGACAACAGCCAAUCUCAUAUUUAAUUUUUGAUUCUAGCAUCAAUAAUUAGUCGUUAAAAAUCCAACAACAAUAACGUCCUGACUGAUAUAAACAAACAUUUUAAUGUUUUUUUUGAAGACAUGAAUUAAUUCAUUCUCAAAUGCAUUUGGCAUUUCUGAACUGGAGUUUCUUUGGCCAGUAAAUCCUCCUUUCUUGAAGCUUCUAAUGUUUAGUUUGUUUGUCUACAUCCUCCAAAAUGACCAACACCUUUUUACGGUUAGUUUCUACUGCUGUUUAACUACAUUAUUUCAUCCACAAUGUUUAUAAUCAAUGGGUAUCUCCGAAAUCAAAACUUCUUUAUAACAGAAACACAGUUUAACAGCAACUUCAUGAAUAGAGGAGUCACUGCAGAACUGUGCUUUAUUUCCUAAAAGUGCUCUAAAUCCUUUGUUAUAACUUAUUUGAAUAUUAUCUUCUACUUAGCUGGGAAUUAUAGAAUAUUUCCAAAACAAAGCUUCACAGUUUAUGGAAAAUGGAGAGGAAGGAAAUCAGGUAAAAAUUUGGAAGUUAUGUAUGAUGGAAGUGAAAACCAGUUUCCUUGAAAGAUGGACGAAAACUCUUAAUUUGGAUUCUUACUGAUUGAGCUGCUUCAUUUAAUGUCCUUUUAGAUCUUACCUGCACUUUUCACACACAUUUGUACCUAAAUCCCAUGACUGAUUUGUUUAAUUAGUACAAACAACAAAAUAUUGCUGUUCAGAUAGAAACUAGUAAUCAGCCCAGAAUUGUAUUAAUGUACACAGCUGGUUAUCAUGUUGUACGUGUUGCACUUUAAUAAUGUCAAUUUAGCUGCUUACUUUGGUCAUGUCUUGCUCGUAAAAGAGAUUUUUGGUCUCUCAAGAGAUUUAUUUAUUCAAAUGAAGAUCUGAAUAAAUAAAAAUAGGAGAGUAAAGCACUAUAGAACAAGAAGCAGCAGGUGAAUUUAUAACUACAUGAUUGAUCUAUUUUACAAAACUGUAUCAGUGGGAAUUUAAAAUAUUUCCCUCUCAGCCUGAGAUUUUAAAAUAUCCUACUUGAUCCCCUGCACAGAAAAGACUUUGUCCAAAUUAAGACUUACUUCUGUAAGAUGUUGCUGCACAGGUUAGCUGUCAUUUAUGACGACAUGGCAGUAAAAAAGAUGAUAUCUGAUAAAACCAAGUUAAUUUGGCAGUAUUUUCAUAAAGAAAAUGAAAAUAAUAUUAGAUAUAGGUUGUGUCAGAAUAAACAGUUUUGAAACCACAACCUGAGCAACGAGUAACUACUAUUGAAUGUGACUAAAACAUGCAAUAUUUUUCAAUAUUUAACUGUGUUGUUCAAUUGUUGAAUGCGUUCUUACUUUUAGACAAGUCGACAGGUCUAAAUUAAACAGUUUCAUCAAGAGAGAUAUUAAUCUCAUUUCCACUGACCUGUAAAAUAAAGACAAUCAACGAGGCUCAAUUUCUGUCUGAUGAAGAAUUUUUACUCAUCUUUCGAGUAAACUUUUUCACGUACAUUUUGAUUAGCUAUGCAUGAAAUGAUGAAGAGAUAGAAGCAAGUAACACUCUUUUCCUGUGUCAUUAGCACCAAACAGUACAGGAGUUUACAGCGAAACAGCAGCUAGCAUUUAAAUAUUUAUACAAAAUUAUACAUUAUACAAAACUGUCUAACAAAUUAUUUGAUCAGAAAUGUUUUUUGAAUGGCGGCUUAAAACUUAUACAGCUGGAAUUAUUAUAUCAUUUUUCUGCGAUAUCAUUUCAUUGUGAGCAGACAGGAUCUCCACAGACUUGUCAAACGGCAUAAAACACAAACACUAAUAUCUUCUGUUCUUGUGGAUUUCCCCUUAAAGACCAAUCUUUACAUUAAACUCUGUUAAAAUUGGAAGAAGAAAACAUCCUUCUCUGUUUCAGUGGUUUUUCAGACGGUUACAGAUUUACAGUUUUCGUCAUCCUUUCUGUUCCUAAAACGCUUCCUCCGUUGGCUCAGUGUUCUCAAACAAUGGGCUGAUUUAAUAGAGUUGAUUGACUUGAAAGGGAUUUGAACCCAAAUGCUGUUGGUGUCCUUGUCCACAAAAGAAAAAAAACUACACAAAACAGAGGCAUGUGUGCUCUACUUCAGGAAACAGGCAACUUUACCUCAGUCAGUUAAGCUACGAACUCGGUAAGAUUGUGACAUUUACACUUUACGACAGUUUUCUUUUUCUUGAGGAUUCAAUACUGUGUGCAUGAAAAUCUGAGUAAUUAUGUCUUUAAGAUGGCAUUUUCUUUCUUUUAUUUUUAUUUGUCCUUGCCACCAAAGUAAAUGAGUCACUUUAAAGAGAGAAAAAAAAGACGACAUAGUUAUUAGUGCAUUUAUUUGUUCAAAUACGGGUGAACUACUAAACAAUAUCUUUCAGGUUUUUCAAAGGAAUUACAGACAAUAUUUAGGGACAAGAAACCACAAGCAGUUCCUGCGGGAACUUUUUAUCUUUUCGUGUCGGGGGGGGGGACUAAACACUUUUGGGGGUGGGGUUCGGUUGCUUUGCUCUCUCUUCCUGUGUUUUCCAAAUCAUAUAGGACUCUGUUAGGAUAUGCAAACAUCAAAGAACAGUCAGUGGGUGGAGCGGGGGUGGACUCAAAAAUCAUCGUCUCCUCGGUUUCGGUUUUUAAUGAUUUCAUUGGCAACGUUCCCACGUCUCCUCGGGCUCUGUAAUUUCGCAAAGCUUGGUCUUUCUGCCAUUCUUUCAAUUUGCUUUAAUAGCCAACAAUUUUUAAUAGUUAAUUUAUUUAUUAUAUCUGGACUUUCAUGGAGAUCUUUUAUGUCUGUGAGUAAAAAAUAAAAACUUAAAAAGAAACAACA